GCAGGCGUUUUGGAGGAAAGGAGGAACGUGGAACUUUGGCUCCAGGCUUGCGUCCCGGGCCGCCGCAUCUUACUUAAACUCUAGGCGCCGCGGAGUAAGCAGCUGCCUUGAAUCUUGAAUUCAAGCCACGCUUGAAUCUCACGUGGCCCCACUUCUAGCUUCUUCCAAGGGACUGGGACCCGCAGGGUCUGCAGGGGUCCGUAAGACUGGGUUCUGGAUGUGUUCAUCCACCCUUGUCGCCAGUGAAAAGUUUUAGUCCAACCAGCCUAGCUUAGGACAUUUACUUGCUCCAGGCUGUCCGUGGGACACAGCUCUGUUCUCAGAGCUGCCUCCCUCUCUUGUAGGGCCAGGCUGUGUGCCAAGAACACACCCAGCUAGAAGUCUUCUCUCCCAGCUGGACGGUGGUUCUGAAAGAAAACAGGCCCAGAGAGAAAACAGGAAAGGGCAUGGCACUCAUUGUAUUUGUCCUGUAGCCACUAAGGACCUACUAUGUGCCAACUAGUAGUACUCAGGGAGUAAUUAUCUGCACGUCCCCGCCUGGGACUUAGACAUAAGUGGCUAGAGCAGGAGUGUGCAUAGGCAGCAAUGGUCUCCCAGAAUCGGUUCAGUAGUGGAGAUCCGCUGGGAUCCAGACUGAGGCUUGGCAAGGGCCAAGUGCCACAGAAAGUGUUGAUGCUGUUAAGGCAGCAAAUGCUUUAGAGUAGUAGAGUUUGGAGCUCAUCCUGAAUGCAACGAUUUCUGAAAGGGGAGUUGCACUGUCCAGUUUGGGUGUGAAGAAAGAAGUUCUCUUGAAUGUAACUCAAAGGACUUGGGACAAAGGAGAGAGGUUAUAUUAUCCUAGAGGCUGUUACUAGUGUCGGUGUGCUAACAGGCACUUUGUCAGACUGUCAUGUACUGUCGUGACAAGGGCAGAGCCCAGCACUUCUGUACACAGCGUGGUAGAUAAUGGACAGUUGCACAAACAAGUGUGGGGGAUAUGGAUUGGCAGAAGGAAGAAAAAGCCACAGGUCUGUGAGACAUCCACGGAAAACACAGAAAAUGCAUGUGGCCUAUGAAGCGGCUAAUGGUGAGGAAGGUGAAGAUGCUGAGCCUCUCAAAGUGCCCAUUUGGGAGCCCCAGAACUGGCAGCAGCAACUGGCCAACAUCCGUAUCAUGAGAAGCAAGAAGGAUGCACCUGUGGACCAGCUAGGCGCCGAGCACUGCUAUGAUGCAAGUGCCCCCCCGAAGGUGAGGAGAUACCAGGUACUCCUGUCGCUGAUGCUCUCCAGCCAGACCAAAGACCAGGUCACAGCCGGUGCCAUGCAACGGCUCCGGGCCCGGGGCUUGACUGUGGAAAGCAUCCUGCAGACCGAUGAUGACACACUAGGCAGACUCAUCUACCCUGUGGGCUUCUGGAGGAACAAGGUAAAAUACAUCAGGCAGACAACAGCCAUCCUGCAGCAGCGCUACGACGGGGAUAUCCCUGCUUCCGUGCCUGAGCUGGUAGCCUUGCCAGGUGUUGGGCCCAAGAUGGCACACUUGGCUAUGGCUGUGGCCUGGGGGACCAUAUCAGGCAUAGCAGUGGACACACAUGUGCACAGAAUAGCCAACAGACUGAGGUGGACCAAGAAGAUGACCAAGACUCCAGAAGAGACACGCAAGAACUUGGAAGAGUGGCUACCCAGGGUGCUGUGGAGUGAGGUCAAUGGACUACUGGUAGGCUUCGGCCAACAGAUCUGUCUUCCUGUCCAUCCUAGAUGUCAGGCUUGCCUCAACAAGGCCCUGUGCCCUGCUGCCCAGGACCUCUAAGGGUCAUAGGGCUCCCUCUGGCUAGUGUCUGUGAGGUGCCUUUGUGGGGCAGGGUGAUAAACUUUGAGGGGUGUUUGCAAUAAACCUGGGAAGUU